AUGUCCCAACAGUUGACAGAAAAAUCUGAUGUUUACGCAUUUGGCGUGGUUCUCCUUGAGGUGUUAUGUGCAAGACCUGCUAUUGAUACAAUGCUCCCAAGAGACCAAAUGAAUUUAGCUGAAUGGGGAAUGCUUUGCAAGAAGAAAGGGUUGCUUGAACAGAUUGUUGACUCUUCAAUCAAGAAUCAGAUUGAUCCUAGCUCAUUCAGAAAUUUUAGUGAGACAGCAGAGAAAUGCUUGCAAGAAGAUGCUAAUGAUAGGCCUACAAUGGGUGAUGUGCUGUGGGACUUGGAGUAUGCAUUCCAGCUCCAGCAAACAGCAAAGCAUGGAGAACCCCAUGAAGACAGCACAGCCAAUGCUUCAUCAGCAUUUGUAUUGCCAAAUGUUCAGCGUUUUCCUUCAGUUAGCUCCACGAUUAACAUAGAUGAUCUGGCUCUUCCCGGAGAUGAUGAAUUAGAUACAACAGAAGUUGAAGUUUUCUCCCAAUUGAGAGUUGGUGAUGCCAGAUAA